AUGGACGAUAGUGACGGUGAAAAUAUGGGCGAUAGUGAUGGUGAAAAUAUCGGUUUAAGCGAAGAAAUCAAUUCGAAAGAUGCGGGAAAUGAUCGAAAGGAAAUGGAAGCGAAGAUAUUGGAGUUAAAAAAAGGUAAAAGAGCAAUGAAAACAGCAACUACAAAGGUGCAGAUCGAGGAGAACGUUGGAGAAAUUGAGAAAAAUAUCGAGGUACUUUGGGAACUGUUAGAGGUAUUAAACUUUGAGCAUUAUUGACAAACUUUGUUUUCUGUACAUAAAGAUGGGCAAUUAUGAAAGUAAGAAAGCAAUGUCAAAUGAGCUAGACAAUUUCGAAACUGAGAUAAAUGAGUGUAUUAGCAAAGCUGAAACUGUACUUAAGGGAACGUUGCUAGCUAAAGAAAGCAAAAAUGUUAGUGUUGAGGAAGAGCCCAGUCUUAGCCCUUCACAACAGUCGACUGGGUCAAAUGUGUCUGGUGAGGCGGAGAAUUCUUUUAAUCAAGAAAGUUUCAUUCAAGAUAUCAACGGACAAGUUGUUUGUGGAAAUGAAAGUAGUUGGCCAGUAAGAACUAUGUCUGGACACGAACAGUUCAAGAAAAUAUGGUAA